UCCCGCCACUCUCACCAUCCAUCUCCGCUCUCACGACUAUCUCCGAAGAUGGUUCUCACAUACGGCACGGGCGGUGCGACCGCCGCCUUGACGGUGGUUGGCUUGUACAUGCUGUUCAACGGCGAGGGCGAAGCAUUCAACGUCGGACGCUUCCUCGAAUCUAUAUCACCAUACACCUGGGCUAGUUUGGGCAUCAGUCUAUGCAUUGGUCUCUCCGUCGUAGGAUCGGCGUGGGGUAUCUUUACAACCGGUGUGUCCAUCGUCGGUGGUGGUGUUAAGGCUCCCAGGAUACGAACCAAGAACUUGAUCUCGAUUAUCUUCUGCGAAGUCGUUGCCAUCUACGGCGUCAUUAUGGCCAUCAUCUUCUCCUCGAAGAUGCAGGCUGUCGGGGACACUGAGAAGCUUUACUCUGGGUCCAACUACUUCACCGGCUAUGCGCUGUUUUGGGCUGGACUCACAGUCGGCAUGUGCAACCUGAUCUGCGGUGUCUCUGUUGGUAUCAACGGAAGUAGCGCAGCGUUGGCAGAUGCUGCUGAUCCUUCGCUUUUCGUCAAGAUCCUCGUUAUUGAGAUCUUCAGUUCCAUUCUUGGUCUGUUUGGUCUCAUUAUUGGACUGCUUAUGCAGAGCGCCGCAAAGGACUUUGACUGAGCGCAUUGACAAACUUGCACAACGAACAAUUUCAGUCAAAGAAGCGAUCAAGUCGAUAAACAAGAGGGGAUACGGCAGGAAGAGAGGGUAUUUCAGACUUAGCACCUCAAAACUGAAGGCAAUUUUGGAAGGGUUCGCCGAAGUUGUACGAUGUACAUAGGGAAGGCGCUUGUAUAAUGCAUGUAUCACGAGCGAGCAUUGGCGUUAGAUAUCAAGUUUCGAUCAGGGUUCAUUACAAGAAAUCACAUAUGUUGAACGCU